AUGGCAAAGGCCUACGAUAGUGUGGAUUGGAAUUUUUUUAUCCAUGUCAUGGAAGCUGCUGGCUUUUCAUCUUUGGUGUGUAAUUUGGUGCGGAGAUGUAUUUCUUCCCCCUGGUUUUCGGUUGUAAUGAAUGGUGUUCCAAUAAGUGGGAGAGGAUUGCAACCAGGUGAUCUGAUUUCUCCUUACCUCUUUAUUAUGGUGGAAGAAAUUUUAUCUAGAUUGUUGAAAAAGAAAUUCCAUGAGGGGAAAAUUGUUGUUUUCUCACAACCUAAGGACUCCUCUUUAGUGUCACACCUUCUUUAUGCUGAUGACAUAGUCAUUUCAAAUGGCAACAAAGCUUCCUUAAGAUCUAUUUCUCAAACUCCGGAGCUAUAUGAGAGUUGGUCGGGUCAAAGAGUAAGCAAGGAGAAAUCUUCCAUUAUUUUCUCAAAGCAUAUUCCUAUCUCAAGGCGAAGAAGUGUAUUGCGGCUUACGGGAUUCACUGAAGGCACUCUUCCUUUUAAAUAUCUCGGGGUGCCAAUGGUACCAAAAUCCAUCAUUUGUUCCAUUAAUAAGAGUAUGAGCAAUUUCUUUUGGGGCUACAAGGAUGGAAGACCAAAAAAGUAUUGGAGGUCUAGGGAUUCAACGUGCAAGCCGGUUCAAGAAGGAGGGAUUGGUCUUCGAAAUCUGAUGGUUGUAGAAAAAGCGCUUCAUAUGAAGCUAGCAUGGAAGCUUUUAACGAAACAGUCCCUGUGGUCUAAUUUUUUUAAGGCCAAAUAUGUAAGGAAAAAUCGCAUCUCUUUAAUAGAUGGGAGUAAAGUUUCUAGUUUCUGGAAAUCUAUUUUGAAGUGUCUUCUGGGGAUAGUGAAUAACUCAAAAUGGAAAAGUUUCAAUAAUGCUCUUUGUGUUGAUGACAGAAUACGCCGUACUGCUCCAAUUGGCCAUGGUUCCAGGACUGCUGCAGAAUUUUUUGGCUCUAGUUCAUGGAGUGAGGUAGGUCCGUCAGCUGGGUUUAUCAAGAGUGGAACUGGAAAUGGAUUCAAGUACGGUUGUAAAAUGGAUCAAAAGAGGCUCUUACCUUGA